UUGUUCCUUCAAGUGUCACAACUGAUAACGCUAAGCAUUUUAUAAUUACUUGAUCUUCUCAUGUAAACCUUAGAAAAUGUUUAACGGUUCUUUGGCGAACAUUAUAAGAGAUGGGUGUAAAAGUUGAAAAUGUUGGUAAAAUUUAUAAGAAAGUUCCACCAGAAGGUGGAUGGGGGUACAUUGUUGGAGGCGCUGUUAGUUUAAUGUUUAUGGUUACAAUUGUUCCUACUACAGUUUUUGGGAUGGUUUACGGAGAAUUUUUAGCUGGUUUAGGAGACGAAACUGGCGCAACCACAUUAAUAAAUGGGGUUUUUAACACAGUCCUAUGUUUUACAGGACUACCAGUAAAUCAUCUCCUUCAAAAAUACACUUACCGCAAAGUUGGUUUAAUGGGAGCUGGAAUCUAUUUCAUAGGAACCUUAGGAAACGUUUUCGUAACAAAUCUCUCACAAAUGCUUCUAUCUUUCGGAGUGUUCCAAGGACUCGGAUUCGGUUUGAUGAUGCCCGCUGUCUUUUCCGCAUUCAAUUCAUACUUCGAUAAACGCCAAAACGUCGUUAUGGGUGCUUGUCAGGCUUUAAUCGUCGUAGUCAGUAUAGGUUGGCCGAUUUUAACUAAAAUGAUGAUGGAAGAAUACGGUUUUCGUGGAACAGCCGCGAUUUUUUCAGCUUUAAGUUUACACGGAUUCGUGGCUAUGAUGGUUUUGCAACCGGUUUCGUGGCACAUGAAAAAAGAGGUUGUAGAUCCCGUUGAAAUGAUCGAGGAAGAAUUAACCGCAGAGAAUCGUUUAAUGGACGAGGGCCAUAAUAAAAAUGAGAAUCGAAAAGGAAAAAGACCCUCUGUGGCUAGUUUAAAUGGUUAUGCUUGUUCGUUGCAAAAUGUUAAUAAGGAAUCUCAAACUGAUGAGGAUCUUGGGAUAUGGAAAAGAAUUUCGAAAUCUUUGGAUUUAGAACUUUUUAAAGAAUCGAGAUAUGUCAACAUAGCGUUUGGUUUGUCAUUAGGAAUGACUUCGGAUUUAGCUUUUAUCUCGAUAUAUCCAUUACUUUUAAUAAGUUAUGGUUUUAAUCAUUCGGAAGUAACGACUUUAUUCACUAUUUAUUUCACCGCUGAUUUAGUGAGCAGAAUUGCUUUAUCGGUCGUUAGUGGAGUUUUUAAAAUUUGGAACCGUUAUGUUUUCCUUCUUGGCGCAUUGUUAUCAGCUAUUUUUCGGGUGGUGUUCGUUUUAAACAAUUCUUUCAUUUGGAUCGCAACCACAACGGCUAUUUUGGGAUUUUUAAGAUGUUUCAUCCAAACGCCGUUACCUUUGGUUGUUGCAGAACAAUAUGGUGCAAGAUUUCCAACAGCUUUUUCGUUGUAUAUGGUCGUUUGUGGCGUUGUUGCUUUAGCUGUUGGAGUUUUAUCCGGAGUUAUUAAGAAUUUAACCCAAAGUAACACAAUGGUGGUUCAUUUAUUAACGGUUGUUUAUUUAUUUUGCGCCAUCCCCUGGAUAAUCGAGAUUAUAAUUACGAAAUUAAAGAAAAAAAAUGAUUUGUGAUGUGUUUUUUAUACUUAAAAAUAAAAUAUGGAAAAUUUUCUUGUAUAA